ACGUGCCUCGGAGUCUGGGUCAGUUACCCCGCCCCAGGCCCCCGCCCCCGCCCGAUCCCUGGCCGGAAACUGAGCGGUUUACUUCCGCCACCAGCCGGAAGUCUCCUGCCACUGAACGCCAAGGAGUUUCCAGUGGCUCCGCUGUGUAACCGGGGCUUCCCUAUGGCGGCUUCCUUGGUGGGGAAGAAGAUCGUGUUUGUCACGGGGAACGCCAAGAAACUAGAGGAGGUCAUUCAGAUUCUAGGAGAUAAAUUUCCAUGCACUUUGGUGGCACAGAAAAUUGACCUGCCAGAGUACCAGGGUGAGCCGGAUGAGAUUUCCAUACAGAAAUGUCAGGAGGCAGCUCGCCAGGUACAGGGACCCGUGCUGGUUGAGGACACCUGUCUGUGUUUCAAUGCCCUCGGAGGGCUCCCUGGCCCCUACAUAAAGUGGUUUCUGGAGAAGUUAAAGCCUGAAGGUCUCCACCAGCUCCUGGCUGGGUUCGAGGACAAGUCAGCCUACGCGCUCUGCACAUUUGCAUUCAGCACCGGGGACCCGAGCCAGCCUGUGCGCCUGUUCAGGGGCCGGACCUUGGUGCGUACCCACCUUGAUGUAGUUCCCGCCGCAUGCCACCAGGGAGCGCCGCGACCCGAGGCGACUGCUCAGGGUCUGGGGACGUUGGUGGGAAGGGUGCCCUGGGGCCAGAGAUAGUUAUCCAUGCCUUUCUGAGAGGCUCCCCUGGGCGGCACAGGUAGUAGGGCUGUCAGUCCUAGAAGAGUGGUGGAAAGGGUACCCUGGGGCCAGAGUACCUAAUGCCAUGCUGAGGGGCACCUCUGGGCGGGACAAUGAGAAGUGUCCUCAAUUCUGAAACCUGUUUUACCCCUGAGGCCUGAUAGACUCAAAAGUGCAAACUGAAGGUGACAACUCCCAAAGCUAUUCUUUUUCUAUUUUUACAUUUUUUAUAUUGUUUUGUUGUUAGUAAGAAACCACACUUGGAUAAAAGCUACAUCUAUAGCCCAGACUUCUCCAAGCUCAGAUCUCCUCAUCCAACUGCCAAGGUGCUUGACUAUCUCAGCCUUUCCAGCUUUUCAUGUUCAUCUAUAAUAGAUUCUAAGCUCUUUUUAAUUUAUUUUUUGAGACAGAGUCUUGCUCUGUUGUCCAGGUUGGAGUACAGUGGCAUCAUCUUGACUCACUGCAACCUCCGCCUCCAGGGUUCAAGCAUAGAAUCUUAAUUCUUAGCCAGGUUUGGUUAAUUACCCCUGUUAUCUCAGCACUUUGGGAGGCCCAGGUGGGAGGUUUUCUUGAGGCCAGGUGUUCAA